UUUAUUGAGCUUGAUGACGCCUGCAAGUGAACGGAUGAUGAGCAUAAGAAUAGGGUUGUUACUCCUGUGUAUCACAUUGCUGGUAGUAGAAUUAGGAGCAAAGGAGUACGAGUGUCACGCUUACGAAUUUGAUGAAGGCAAAAAUCCAACGCAAAAAAAGAAUACCAUGCAUACCUGCACGACAGAAUCAAUUGACGAACUGGUAAUUUGCAAUAAACCCGCUUACACAACAGGAUACUUCUUUGACUCCCCUCCGAACAUACCAACAAACCUUACUUAUACUAAUAUUGACACCUGCGGACCUUGCAAAAGUGAUUCAACAGCAUGUACCGAGUGUAAUUUCGAAUUCUGCAACAAAGAUGUCAUACGAUGCUUCCAGAGCAUACAUGGAGCUGUCAAAGCAACCGAAUGCACAAGGUCAGAGGGAGCGGGACCAAGGUAUACAAAAUGCCGGAAAACCACAUUCAAUGAUUAUUCCGUAAAUAAAAAAUUGAACUAUGGUUGUGGUGGAUGCAAACACCAAGAAAAUGGAGGUGACAAGGGUAAAUGCGAGGAGUGUGAAGGAUCAACAACUGAGGGUUGUAAUGCACCAGUGAUACAGGGACAAGAUUACAAGUGUAACAACUAUACUUGGGACGGCCGCUUUAUGAGAGGACUCUACACAUCAACGGAGAUCCUUUGUAAGCGCCUCCCUGGUUCAAAUUCAACAGCAACCUGUAACAUGCCCGGGAGCCAGGAAAAAAUGGACUUCUACACCAUGCCGUUUGCAUAUCAGCUUCUCUGUAACUUCCUUCCUGAUCCAUCACCGGGCAUGGACAACACCGUCUGUGACAUACCACCUGCGUUCGAGAAAAAUCGGGAGGGCCACUCCAUGCCGUCGGGAUGUGGGCCAUGUGAAGAGGGCAAAAAGAAUAGUGGGACUUGUCAAGAUUGCGAGGGAGACUUCUGCAACCAGUUGUUCUCGACUGAGAGUGGCCCGGAGUUUAGAGUUCAGGCAUCAGAUACUCUUCUUCUAUUGCUCUCUAUUGCGUAUAUUUUCAAAUAAACAACGUAAAAAAUUGUUUACUAAACCAAUCCUUGAAUAGGUAACCGGACAAGGUAUUGUAUACAGUAUUGUAUUGUGUAGUAAUAGUAUAAUAGAGUGUACUUUAACCUAUUUUGUUUCAUUGAUAGUAUACCAAUGUGGUUAUUUAGUCUAUAUUUGUUUAUUUUAAUAAUUUAAUUAUAAUUGUAUUGUAUCUUCUAUUGAAACGGCCGGUAAUUAUUCAAUUUUCCAAUA